ACCACUUUUUCAUUCUCUAUAUAUAUGACCAAGAUCGCUAUGGAGUGAACAAGUUCAACAAAGAAAAGAAAACACAGUAUGUAUUUCUUUAUAUAUAACCUUUGUUAAGAAGAGUACGAAAAAAUAUAUAUGUAUGGCGCAGCUGUGGGCUCAAAUGACCUCAGCCAUGGCCAGCUUAAUCGUUGUGUAUGUCUAUGGUAUGUUCAAAGAUUACUUCCCAAACCAACUUCGUGGUUAUGUGGAAAGAUAUGGUAACAAAUUGUUGAGCUUUGUAUACCCUUACAUACAGAUUACUUUCCACGAAUAUGGUGAUGACCGCUUCAAGCAGAGUGAAGUCUACCGCGAUAUCCGGAGCUACCUCAGUGCCAGCUCCUCGUCCACUCGAGCUAAGCGGCUCAAGGCUCAUGAUCUCAGAGAUAGCAGGACACUGGUGGUCACUAUGGAUGACAAUGAGGAAAUCACUGAGGAAUUCCAAGGCGUCAAGCUUUGGUGGACUUCUCGCAAAUACGACAGCCGAAGCGCCCCAUCAUAUUGGGAUUAUCGCUCAACAGAUGAGAAGAGGUUCUACAAGCUUACCUUCCAUAUGCGCAACAAGGACCUCAUACUCGGGUCCUAUCUCAAGCACGUGGUACAAGAAGGGAAAGCGGUAGCCGUACGGAACAGGCAGCUUAAGCUUUAUACCAAUGGUUCUGGUGACCAUUGGUUUGGUAGCAAGCGUGCCAAAUGGAGCCACGUUACAUUUGAGCAUCCCGCGACGUUCAAAACUUUGGCAAUGGACCCCAAAUUUAAGGAGGGGAUUAUCAAUGACCUUGACAAGUUCAGAAAUGGAAAAGACUACUAUGACAAAAUUGGAAAGGCUUGGAAACGCGGGUAUCUCCUUUAUGGGCCACCGGGAACCGGUAAGUCAAGCAUGAUCGUUGCCAUGGCUAACUAUUUAGAAUAUGAUAUCUAUGAUUUGGAACUCACGGCAGUUAAGGAGAAUGCUGAUCUUAGGAAGCUGUUGAUUGACAUAUCUAAUAAGUCAAUCGUUGUUAUCGAGGAUAUUGAUUGCUCGCUUGAUCUUACGGGCCAAAGGAAGGAGAAGAAGAAGAGUGGAAAAGAGAAAGAUGAAGACGAUGAAGAAAAAGACCCAAUUAGUAAAAAGGAAGAGAAAGAAGAAAAUAAAAAGAGUAAGCUUACUCUCUCCGGGCUGUUGAAUUGCAUCGAUGGUAUUUGGUCGGCUUGUGGGGGUGAAAGAAUAUUUGUUUUUACAACCAAUUAUGUGGAUAAACUCGACCCUGCACUCAUCAGAAGGGGAAGGAUGGACAGGCGCAUUGAAUUGUCCUACUGCAGCUUUGAAGCUUUCAAAGUGCUUGCCAAGAAUUACUUGGAUAUUGACUCCCACCAUUUGUUUGCCAAGGUUAAAUGCUUGUUGGGGGAAGUCGAUAUGACUCCUGCAGAUGUCGCAGAGAAUUUGAUGCCAAAGUCUGCAACUGAAGAUGCAGACACCUGCUUGAACAACUUGAUUGAAGCACUUGACAUGGCGAAGGAGGAGGCGAAGAAUAAGGCUGAGGAAGAGGAAGCAAAAUUAAAGGUGGAGGAAAAGAAGAUGAAUCCAAAGAAAGAAGAAGAGGAAGAGAGUCAGAAAGCAGAUGUGAAAUGCAAUGGGGCAAUACCAAAAGAAGCGAAGGAAAAUGCAUUCAUCAGUACUUGAGAAAGUACUAGAAACUUUGUUAAAUUUGCACAUGGUAUGUGUAUAACAGAUUCUAUAAAUUGGCGGAUUAGCCAUCAAUCUUUAAUGUGUAUAUGUUAGGAAAGUGCUUGAAAGUUUGCCUUUGGUCUGUAUUAUAAAAUAAAUUGAAUUUAUUGGUGGAGUAGCCAUCAAUCUGUUGUGCAUAUAUGUUAGGAAAAUGCUUGAAAAGGGUGUGUUAGGUCUGUAUUUUAGAAAUUCUAUGUCGAUGGAUUAGCCAUCUCAUGAUUUGUUGUGUCCAUAUGUUAUUUGUUGCUUCAAUUUGUAAAUAUUUGUAAAUGCUCAAUAAGAAUCUAUUUCAUGGUGUUGUUUGACCUAUGUAUAUA